AUGGCCGACAGCGCCCCCAAAAUUGCCGCGACAGAGUGCCGCGAAGCAGCCAGCGUGGUUGGCAAAAAGGCUGCGCUGCUAGUCAAACAAAUCAAACAGAGCCAGCAUUUUAUCGCAUUCACCGGUGCUGGCAUCUCAACUUCUGCCGGAAUUCCCGAUUUUCGCGGCCCCAAUGGCAACUGGACACUUAGGGCCCAGGGGAGGCCUCGCACCAAGCACGCAGACACACUGACAGCUAUCCCAACGCCGUCGCAUAUGGCGCUGGUGGAGCUUCAGAAUCGUGGCAUCCUGAAGUACCUCGUCAGUCAGAAUUGCGAUGGGCUUCACCGGCGAAGUGGCAUCUUACCUGAGAGGAUCUCAGAGCUCCAUGGGAGCAGCAACCGAGAGUCCUGCCACGAUUGUGGCAAGGAAUACAUUCGAGACUUCCGCGCCGUGUCGAACUAUGAGAAAGGCGAUCACGACCAUCGCACAACGCGGAAAUGCGCUCGCUGUGGUGGCGCCUUAUACGACUCCAUUAUCAAUUUCGGAGAGAGUCUACCGGCUCAAGCUAUGGAGCUAGCCCAGCAGAAUGCAGAGAUGGCUGAUCUGUGCCUUGUUCUGGGCUCCUCGCUUACUGUCACCCCGGCCAACAGUAUCCCGGAGAUGGUUGGCGAGAGAAAGGGAGCCAAGCUUGCAGUUUGCAACCUUCAAACAACACCCAUCGACCAUUUGACAGACCUCAGGAUAUUUUCUGAGGCGGACCUGCUGAUGACAAAAGUGAUGGAAAAGCUUGGUUUUCCGAUACCCCCGUUCGUUCAACGACGCCGCCUUAUGGUCAAAGUUGAGACACAGGAAGAAGAUAGGCACCGCUUGACUGCUACUGGGGUGGAUACUGAUGGUACUCCGAUGACGUAUCUCCAGUCGGUGAGAUUGGAAGGCAGCAGACGCAUAGCCCGAGCAGAGCCUUUUGUCAUUCAGGUCCGUGAGUCACUCCAGCCGGGGUCUCGGUUGAAAUUAGACUUGGAGUUCAUGGGCCACUUCGAUGAGCCAAAUCUCGAGUUGGUCCACGAGUAUAACGGUGAUGAGGAAGCCUUAUACGAACUGGAAUUCAAUCUUCAGAAUGGAGAGUGGACUGUCAUAAGACAGGAUGAAUUAGCCGAUGAUACAGGGUCCUUGAGCAUCGACUCCUAG